AUGGAGAAACCGGACGGUGCCUGGGCUUGGGUCGUGGUUAUUGCUGCGUCUUGUAUCCGGAUCAUAGUGUAUGGUAACACUUACACUUCCGGUGUUGUGUAUUACGUCAUUCUUGAUGUGUUUGGAAAGAGUAGGGCUGAAACGUCUUGGAUUGCGUCCGUGAUUACAGCAGCGACGUUCGCAACAUGUCCUGUAUCAGGGGUAUUGGUAAAUCGGUUUGGUAUGAGGAAGGUAGCAUUCGUCGGCGGUAUUGUGGCAUCCUCUGGUCUCAUGGCGAGUUCUUUUGCUACAAAUCUGCCUAUCCUGACAUUGUGUUAUGGUGUCGUCACAGGAGUUGGAUGUGGGCUAACAUUUAUACCAGGUAGUGUUGCAGUCGCUAGAUAUUUCACUAAACGGAGGAAUAUUGCAAUGGGUUUUGCAGGAGCAGGAAGUGGGAUAGGAUCAUUUGCAUUUCCACCACUCAUCAACUACUUGACUGAUAGGUAUUCUUGGCAAGGCAUGUUUAUGAUUUUGUCUGGGAUCUCCUUGAACAUGUGUAUGUUUGCAUCUCUCUACCGACCCGUGAAGUCAUCUAACGAAAAGAAUGACGACUCACCACAACUAAUAGACAAGAAAUCCUCGAAAAGACAGAAAAAUGUAUGGAAGUUCUUAAGAUUGGGCGACUUUUAUGUUCUUGCUCUAAAUAAUAUGUUGUAUCAGUUGGGUUCGACAAUAAUAUAUGGACAUUUAGGUACAUAUGUUAUUCACCAGCUCCAUUUUGAAAAAGUAUAUGCAUCCAUGUUAUAUUCUGUGAUUGGAAUUACAGUGAUGAUAUCGAAAAUUGUCCAAGGAUUUAUCAUCCAAAACCCCAGAUGGAAAAUUUUCGAACCGUACCAGCAGUAUAUGCUUUGGUACACUAUCGGAGGUGUGUCUGCCAUCGUCUUUCUCCUUGUAGACAUGGGGUAUGCUGGACUCGUGAUAUUUUCUCUUUUAUUUGGAGGCAGUUACGGAGCUUCUGGAGGUUCAAUUAUUCCCGCCAUUCUGAUAGACUUGGCAGGAGUUGAUCAGUUCACCUUGACAUACGGAAUUAUUCUAUUUACUCAGUCCAUUGGAAUCCUGUUUGGCCCGUUUGUAGCAGGUUUGCUCUUUGAUACAUUGAGAGCAUAUGAUGCUGCAUUUGUUUUGGCGGGAGUGUUGAUGAUACUCAGUGCCGGUAUCAUGAUCUUCCCCUGUCGGAACUAUAAAGCGGCAGACAAGACGGCUGACGGCGCGACUGUUGUCAUAGAUCAGCAUGCAGAUGACAUCGAGGCUGCCAGAAAGGAUGCUAUCGAAACAGAUGAAUUGAUUGGUGCUACCAACGAUACUAUCAAAUCUACUCUGAAAAAACGUACACAUGUCGUAUCGGAAAACGAAGAAGAGGAGGCAGAAAGUUUGGUCGAAUGA